AUGCAGGACAAGAAGGAUAAGAAAAGAAAGAAAGGGAUAAAUGAGUCUCCUACAAAGAAGCAACCAAAGCAGUUAAAGAGGGUAAUGCAUUAUAGCAUUUCUUCCCAACCUCAAGCUACUCAAGCUCCUCAAAUUCAAGCUUCUCAAGCUACUCAAAUUCAAGGUCGUCAAGCUUCUCAACCUCAAGCUACUCAAGCUUCUCAAGACUUCUAG